CAUUGGUGGUGGGGAGGGCAGUUUAUUCUCCACCACUGGGGCUUGGUACAGCAAGUGGUGAGAGGUCCUGCUAGUGUGACUGCUUACAUGCGAGUGUCUGAGGGAAGAUUGCUAGAACCACGCCUAAAGGAGCUGCCUACAUUUGGAGUUUGGCCAGUCACCUACACAGAGGACAAGGCUGUCAAGCUAUCUGGGUGUGAGAAAACACUCUCAAGUGGAGCUGUCGACAAGCUGCAGAGAUUUGGUCUGUUUUGAACUACCAGCAUUUCAAGAGGUCUAUGGUCCAGUGCUGAGCAGAGACAAUGUGGUGUUUGGAGCUGCUCAUACCUCUGCUUUUAAUUAUCAGUGAUGCCAACUGUCAGUGGAAUAUUUGGUUACCUCGGGAUAUCUCAACAAUGACAAACUCCUGCGUGGUCAUCCCAUGCAGUUUCAUGUACCCUUCUGGAAUCAGGCCCAUCCGGGGCAUUCACGGUAUUUGGUACUUCGGUCAGCCCUAUCCACAACUGUUCCCCCCUGUAGUCUUUAAAUCACUCACAGAUGUUGUCCACGAGAGCUACAAGGGCCGCACCAAGCUUCUGGGUGACCUUAACCAGAGAAACUGUACGCUGCUCAUUGGUAAUGUCGGCACAGAACACUCAGGAAGAUACUACUUUCGUGCAGACAUUGGUGGAGCCAACAAAUAUUCUUACCCAGACUUCGCUGAGCUUAAAGUUUUAGAUCAGCCCAACAUUGACCUGCCAGAGGAGAUUGUCAGUGAUGAGAGUCUGGAGCUAACCUGCUACGCUCCUGAUAACUGCCCUGACGCGGCUCCAGAGAUCCAGUGGAUGUAUAUUGACUACCUGCCUGAUCCAGAAUUCAGCUAUGAAUAUAUAGAGGAGAGCAAUACAGCAGUGAUUUCUAACACCCUCACUUUUACACCAAGACCUAUGCACAAUGGUCAGUUGCUGGGUUGCAGGGUCUACUACCCCAACACCACACUGGUCUACGAGAGGCUCAUUUCAUUAGAUGUCAAAUAUUCUCCAAGAUCAGUAUGGGUGAAUGUAUCUUCUGAAGUGAUGGAGGGCAGCUCUGUGAUGCUGCACUGUGAGGUGGAUAGCAACCCUUCUCCCAGGAUCUCCUGGAUGUUUGGAGAUAAGGAGCUGCUAUGGGACACAGCAUCCUACAUCUCUCUCCCCCUGGAUGAUGUGACUAUUGAAAAUGAGGGGAUUUACACCUGCAUUGGAGACAAUGGCUAUGGCUUUAUGAACACCUCCCUGUACCUGGCUGUAAAAUACCCUCCUCGUGAACCUAUUGUUAACGACUCCAUGACAGUAAUUGAGGGAACUUCACUGGCCCUGCACUGUAACACCAUGGGAAGCCCUGCCCCAACUCUCACCUGGCUGAAGGAUGGUGAGCUGGCAGGUUCCAUAACUGCUGGUGAGCUGUCAGUGUUAGAGAUCAUGGAAAUCACGCCACAGCAAACAGGACAGUAUCGCUGCCUGGCAGAGAACGAGCAUGGACGAGCCAGCGCUUCCCUCAAUAUCACUGUGGAAUAUGGCCCUGUGCUUCUGGAGGAGUCAAAGUGCACAGUGGUGAGGGAGGGAGUCCAGUGUGUUUGCGUGGCUGUGGGAAACCCUGAACCUACUAUCGAGUUUUACCUGCCCGACCUCAACAUCACCAUCAAUGAAACCAACAGUCGUUUCAACUUCUAUGCGCACACAGACGGUCACACGUCCACUGCGAUGAUCAAGCUGCGGGAGAAAGGUGAGAAGGCUGACAACAGCGGGCCGGCUGUAAAUGUCCACUGCAGCAUGUACAACAUCUAUGGGAGGGAGAGCGUCCUUUUGGAGCUACAACAAGAAAAAAAGUACAUGAUGGCAGUUAUAGUUGGCACCAUUGGAGGAGUUGCAGUUAUUGCCUUCAUCAUUGCAGCAGUGAGAUACGUGGGCCAGAAUAACAAGAAAGAGAAUGGCAACCCUAGGCAGGACGUGGUCCUGGAGAAUCCAGCUUUGUACUACAGCGCAGUCAAGAAGGACAAACAAAAUCUGAGGAAGAAAGUGCUUAAGACAGAGCUGUUGGGCUCAAAGUUUAACUCCAUUCUAGAGGAGACUACGGGAGAAGACGGGGAUUAUCAACCUGUGGGCUCUAUGGCAGGACUGGAGAGGCAAGAGCUGAAUUACGCUGCUCUGGAGUUUAUUGGCGCCAGGCCCAGGGAGGGGGCCUCAGGGAGGGGGGAUGAAGGCAGCAACUACACGGAAAUCAAAGCCAAAUGAAUCGCGAUCCUUCCCUGAUCCCUCAGCUAUGCGAGACGCAGUGGCAGCCAUGAGUUAUAUACAUCUUCACCAAAAACUUUUAUUAACUCCUUCACUGGAUAUCUCCCUGAUUAUGGUGACUCAGUGUUCCUCGGUUUUUUCUGAUGUAUAAUUUAUAAUAUACAACUCCAUGACAGAGGCCUCCCCCUUUGAGGUGCCCGUUUUCCAUGAGAUACCCUUUUUAUACACCGCUCUUUGGAAAAACUGGCAGUUUUUCAGGAUGGAGCCAGACGCAUGGGACAAUAUCAUACAUUAUUUUGAUUACAGCUUCAGUUGUUGUUCACUGUUUCUACAUAAUUUAGUGUUGUUUUAUCCUCGCAGUUAUCCGUGUCUCGUCUGUUUCACUAUUUGAUCUGUCUGAUAACUGUCACUGUGUCUGCUGCCAGUUGAAGCGUCAGGGCAAGGAGAUUUUCUUCUUUCUUCACAUCAACAGAGAGUAAACCCUCUUCUCUCUUUUCUGGCUUGGGUUCAUUACAUCUUAAGAACAUAAAUGUAUGGAGGCAGGACAGAGUUACACAUCUUGAUAUCUUGCCUCAUCAUAACUGUAAUUAUUUUGUUGUGGAACACAGGAAAUAGAAAGAUGUCUCUCUUCCUUUUGACAAUAAUUUAAAAGAUAAAGUGACAUGCCACCCACUCAUAAAAACUGUCACAAUUUAUUUCCAACAUUGCCCGUUCACUGUGGCAGGUGCAAAAGUCAAUUUUCUUCUCCCUAAAAGCAUAUGUUUUCUCACACAUUCUAGAAGAAACAGACCUAAAGCACAACGUAUAUAUGUGUGAGGGACCAAAGUGUUAUCUCUUCUAGACAAUGUGUGUGUUAGUAUGCGUGUGUGUUGAAAUUGUGCUGAAAUAUCAGCUGUCGUGAUCUGUGGGGUGUCUGUUAAGUUCACAGAACAAUUGAUUUAUCUUUCUCACAGGAUUGCAUCAAACUUAUAAAUGACAAAAGUAAUGCCAACUCGUCAACUGGUUGUGCUGCUCAAAUACAUUUGAUAAACCUGUGAUGUAAUAUUAAAAAACACUAAUAGUCUAACUUGAUAAUGAUGUCUUAAAAUAAAUAAAAUUGAUGUAUAUUUAUGAAGAAGAUGAUGGCAGUGUGUGUACACAAUAUCUUGCAUGAGUGUUUGACAAGUUUGACAAAUUAAAACCAGUUUUGCUACACAUUUCACCAGCCAAUCUGGAUAAACACUGUCUUAAUACAGGCUUUGAAAAUAUUACUCAAUAUUGAACUUAACAGGGUAAAUCAGUCAGAUAAAUGCUGGGGCAACUUUUACAUACAAAGUUAAACUGGCUGUUUGUUUUGACAGAUUUCAUCUGGUUUUAAAAUAUUGUUCUUGUCCUCCAAGUAUAAUUUUGUUUAACAUUGAUAGGGUACUCAUUGGUUUAAAGCUCAGUUUUCUUAAACUUGCUGAAAUACAUUAAAUUUACAUUUCUGGUAUUGGUUAGGUGGCCUGUUCAUCAGAUUAAGACCAUACCAUGACUAUAAAAAUCAGCCAGAAAAGGAAUUAUUGGCAAAACAUUGGUGAGGUCUUCUGGGAUGCUGUGGACUUAAAUGGACUGUAAGAGUUCUCUAACUGAUUGGUACCAUAUACAAAACAUUUGUGGGGAGUUGUGGUGGCAACACUUCACAAUUCAGGACUGGGCAUGUUGGACCAUGGUUGCAUCCGCGGCAGCGCAUCCAUGCAGCUGGGUUGGUGUAUACCUGCGCGGCUACAUCAUGUAAAUUGGUCUGGUCAUACCAAGGCUAGAACCUAAACACACUCACACCGUGCUGGCAGGAUUCCUUUCAAAUUAUUGUAACGCUCAUCACAGUUAUCUGCUUCAGGUCCCACUGUUACUCUGGCUUUAAACAAAGGAAUCUCACCGAGCACUUAAAACCAACAAUCAAGUAUGCCAAUGCCUUAAAUACCACUCCAGAAUAAUGCCCACUGUACAUAGCAGCUGAUUUAUCUUGAGCUCCCUGCUGGAUAGAGGACUGUACACCUUCAAAUUGCACCAAUGUCUGGCUGUGCUGACAUCACUGAAAGUUGUUAUUGUUUCUAGAUAUUGUUUAAAUGCAACAUGUGCCUUUCAGACUGUCAUAAAAAAGCCAUGGUAUCAUUUUUAAUAAAGAGAAGGCAAAAGGGGAGGACAAAAAAAUGAGCAGCAGAUCAAAGAGUUAAUAGUAUAAAUUUACAGUUGUUGCAUCACAAUUCAGUACAACUCAUGAACAGCUUGAACAGAUCAGAUCACACUGAUCAUGGACAACACAGGUUUUAGAUACUGUGUGCAUGAUUUCUCCUCUCUGCAAUCUUUAUGCAAUACUGAUGGCAUUUAGCAGCUGCUAAAUGAUUCCAGACAAAGCCUUACAUGUUGCAAAUGUAUCAAGGAAGCAGCCACUUUACUCCCUAAAUAAAAUCUUAAAGGAAUGCAUGCAUUAGUCAUAAUUAUUAGAUAUUGCAAUGGUUUUUAUCAGGUAUACUAAAGGACUCUCGUAAAAAUAUAAUGUGAAAAAUCUUUAUACAAGAACCCAGCUGAAAAUAUUUUGUCUUAUUUGGAUGUUUAGCAAAUAAAGAUAGAUUUACCAAAAUGUAAAAAGUUAGAACAUGUUGUGACAUCAAGAAAAGUCCGACUCUGUCUGGUAAAACUGCCAAAGACAUUAGAACAUGUUGAUGCUCAGUCCUAGAAUGUCAACUUUCAUUCGUUGGCAGUAAACAUAAAAACUGUGAAAGCAUUUUUUUUUAAGUUUUAGUUUUAGUACACAGUGCAAACAUUGUGAUACUAAGCCUUAAGAUCACCCUUUAGAUAUCUUACAAAUACAGCUCUCUAUAGAUAUAUAUAGUCAGCUUUGACCAAUUCUUCUAAUUAAUUCUGCCUUUUAUUAAGACAGUGUUCCUGUUUCUUUAAUAGAGGGUUCCAGAUAUGCUGGCUUGCAGUCUUUCAAUGCCUCUUAUUUUUGUAUUUUUCACACACAUAUUAAAUAUGUCUAAUACUUUGUCACAGUGUUGUACAGUACAAUUGUCCAAUACUUUGUGAUUAUUCUUAUCAAUACGGCUUUUUUUUCCUAUUGUUCGGCUAUUCUGACAAUAAUUCAAAUCAAGGUUUUGCAAUCUCUCUGCAAAUUAUCAGAGAGUUUGCAAAGGUAGGAUGGUUUUGUUAUUAUAUGGUUUGCUCUGUUUUAUUUUAAGUGAGUCGAAAUUCAUCUGUCUUCUGUUCCACAUAAGUACGAAUAAAACACAAAAAACAAAAUACAAAAAAA